AUGAAACUCAGGAAUUCGGUCGGGCUACGACCGGGAGUUGGUCCAUUGCGGUUCCCCUAUAAUAUCAAGGUCACACUUGGGGAUCUGCAAGCUAACACCAAGGAAAAGUCAGAGGUCAACUCACUGGGCAUUGGAAUCCCGCACCAGAAUUUUGGAUCUAAGCAGAAAAACCAAAACCCAUUCCAGAGCCUCAAGGUCAAGAGCGCAUUUGCAGAACGCGACCCCUACAACAUUGCCCUGGUGUAUUUGCUUUCCCAGCCGACCUUGACCGCAGAGAUUCAGACCAUUGCUUUGCCUGCCAUUGGUGAGAAUGUGGCCAUUGGGACUCAAGUGAGAAUUGAAGGCUGGGGAUAUACUUCAGCUGGUGCAAAGAAAACUUCUGACACGCUUACAUAUGGAUUGUCUACUACAAUUGCAAAUGACAAUUGUGGAGCUCGUGACCCGGACAAGGCAAUUUGCCUGAAACCCACAACAGCAGGUCAUUUACCCUGUGAUGGAGACUCUGGUGGAGGCGUGGUCGCAGAAAUCAACGGUAAAAACGUUCUAGUGGGAGUUGUUGCAUAUUGGAUGGACACAAUUUGCGCCACAAACACUCCGUGGGCAGCGGUGAGAGUUGCUUCCGUGGUUGAAUGGAUCAACAAAAAAACCCGAAAUGGAAUCGCAAGACAGGAUGAUGAGCCCGUGAUUAUCAAUGGAGUUGAAAUAACUGAUAGGAGUCUCGGGUUCCAGCAUCUGGCAAGAAUUCAAAUGUCUCUUUUGGGAUUGUUGUCGGGAUCAUGCACUGGAUCUUUGAUCUCUACAAACUAUGUUCUCACUGCUGGACACUGUGUGAAGAAGACUUUUCUCAAGCUGUUCAGGUUCCCCUACAAGAUCAAAGUGGUACUUGGGGACCUGUCCAAGUCACAAACUGAAUCAACAGAGCAAACAAUACCGGGUAUUGGGUUCGCAUACCCUGGUUAUCCGUCGCAGUUUGGUGCCAAUGACCCAAAAGACAUAGCUCUCAUUCGCCUGUUGAUAAGUGCCCAGCUGAAUGACAAUGUGCAACCCAUAGCCUUGGACACUUCCGGGUCAGUGCCGGAAGGAAGCACUGUCAUCAUAGCUGGAUGGGGAUCUACAACAGGCAGUGGGUAG